AUGAAGACCGCCGCCACUCUCGCGACAGGCUCGCUGCUAGCCUCCGUGGCUUCUGCACAAGUCGUGCAGUGGGACAUCGCGAAGAGGGCAAACGGGGCGCCGAAGCUGACCAGGCGGGCCGAUGGAAGCGUCGAGGAGGUCAUCACAAACGAGAAGAACCGGGGAGGCUACUUUGCGUCCUGCCAGGUCGGGACACCCGGCCAGAAGUUGACGUUGCAGCUGGAUACCGGGUCUAGUGAUAUCUGGGUUCCUUCGAGUAACUCCGCCGUCUGUGAACAGAGCUCCAAUGGCGGAGGCUGCACCUUGGGUUCUUAUAACGAAGAUGCAUCCACGUCAAAGGAGGACGUAGGUCCGGGCGAGUUCGACAUAUCGUAUGUUGACGGCAGCCAUUCGAAAGGCGACUACAUAACCGAAACCUUCGAAAUCGGCGGCUCGACUCUUACAAACUUGACAAUGGGUCUCGGUCUGGAUACAACCAUUCCCUACGGCUUGGUUGGGGUUGGAUAUGCUCUUAACGAGGCCAUUGUCGCUUCGACCGGCUCGGUUGGAUCCGUGUACAACAACCUACCCGUGCAGAUGCGGAACGAGGGCCUGAUUAAAUCCGUUGCUUACAGCCUGUGGCUGAACGAUUUGGACGCAAGCACGGGCAACAUUCUUUUCGGUGGAAUCGACACCGACAAAUACCAUGGCGACCUCACCCGCAUCAAGAUUUACCAGGACUCACAAUCCAAAGCAUUCACGUCAUUCACCGUCGCGAUGACAUCUCUGGAAGCAUCGUCGUCCUCGGGUACCGAUGUCCUAUCCUCAAGCUCGUUCCCGAUCCCUGUCGUGCUCGAUUCCGGUACUACCUUCAGUUACCUGCCGCAAGACCUGGCCGAGCAGGUCUGGGAAGAAGUGGGCGCGAGCUACAAUGCUCAGGUUGGUGUGGCGGUUCUGCCUUGUGAGCUGGAGAACGCCAAGGGCUACUUCUCGUUCGGACUUGCAGGAACCGGCGGCCCCGUGAUCAACAUCACCAUGGACGAGCUCGUUCUCCCACUCACGACCGGCUCGCCGAUCCAGUUCCAGAGCGGUCCCUACAAGGGACAGGAUGCGUGCCAGUUUGGCAUCCAGAACUUCAGCAGCGACCCGUUCCUGCUGGGCGACACGUUCCUCCGAUCGGCCUACGUCGUCUACGACCUGGAGAACAACGAGAUCGGCAUUGCUCCCACCGACUUCAACGCCACCACCUCCAACGUCGUUGCCUUCCCAAGCCAGGGCGCUCAGAUCCCCUCUGCUACGGCGGCGCCUAGCCAGGAUGCCAUCACGCAGGCCGGCUCGCUCGCUUCGCCUACUUAUGGCGCCAGUGGCGGCUUUCAGUCGGCUGGCUCGAGGAGUGGUGAUGACAGCGCGGCCUCCAUGCCAUCACCUCUGGACUGGUCCAAGCUGGCCGUCAUUGGCGCUAGCAUGGGUUUCAUGAUGGUCGGCAGCGGCCUUUUCCUUGCUCUCUAG